UCCUCUUCGUCUUCCUCUCCCUGUGUUUACUUACUAAUGAAGAAGUGAAAAAUGAGGUUGAGAUUCCUUGUGUUUUUCAUGUAAUUGUUAUUAUAAUGAAAGGAGAAUUCAUUUGCUGCUUCUUUGAAAAGCCAUGGCUCUGCAAGCUGAAGAGACACAGCAACAACAGAUUAAAAGCCCACCAUUGAUUCUCGAUGGGCUGUUAUGUGAAGAAGAAGAUUUAGGGGACUAUAGUUUUGAAACUGAAACUGUGAAAAAGAAGGCGUUUGUUGUACCGUUUUUCCUGAACGAACAUGAUUUGUUAUGGGAAGAUGAUGAGUUAAUCUCUUUAAUGUCUAAAGAGAAACAAGCCCAUGUUGGUAACAUUGACGUUUGUUCAGAAGUGUCUUUUGUUUCAGCUCGUAAACGAGCCUUGGAUUGGAUUUUCAAGGUCAAGGCACGCCACGGGUUCAAUUCCUUGACCAUGCUUCUCGCUGUUAAUUACUUUGAUAGGUUUGUUUUAAGCUUCAAGUUCCAAAAAGACAAGCCAUGGAUGGGACAAUUAGCUGCUGUGGCUUGUUUGUCUUUGGCUGCCAAGGUUGAGGAAACACAAGUCCCGCUUCUUUUAGACCUCCAAGUGGAAGAAGCACAGUAUGUGUUUGAUUCAAAGACCGUUCAAGGAAUGGAGCUUUUGGUGUUAUCAACUCUGCAAUGGAGGAUGAACCCUGUGACGCCAAUUUCCUUUUUUGAUCAUAUUACAAGGAGGCUUGGAUUAAAGACUAAUUUGCAUUGGGAGUUACUUUAUAGGUGUGAGCGUUUGCUUCUCUUCCUCAUAACUGAUUCAAGGUUCAUGCUUUAUGCUCCUUCUAUCUUAGCUGCUGCAACAAUGCUGCAUGUUAUUAAAGAGGUUGAGCCAUGCCAUCACCUUGAAUAUAAGAAACAGCUAAUUGGAGUGCUCAAGACAUGUGAGGAUAAAGUAAAUGCCUGCAAUGAGCUCAUUUCGGAGUCACUGGAAAGCCAGUACAAAAGAAACCAAGGCCACAAAAGGAAGCAUAAAUCAAUACCAAGCAGCCCUAAUGGUGUCAUUGAUGCGUCUUUUAGCUGUGAUAGUUCAGAUGAUUCGUGGGUCGUGACAUCUUCGGUCUCGUCAUCACUACAGCAGCUGUUUAAACGAAGUAGAGCUCAGGACCAGCAAAUGCGUCUGCCUUCACUAAAUCGUAUGUUUGUGGAUUCUCUUAGUAGACGUAGUUAAAUCAUCCCUUAGGUCAUAAUAAUUAGUACUGCUGAACAUGUUAUUAAAAAUUCCUCUUGCGAAUUCGUCGUAAGUGUUCUUUAAUGUGCAAUUGAGAUGUGUUCCUUAAUUUAUUCGUUGCCUUUUAUGGCCAAGUUUCUAACAUGGUUAGAGAUGUAUUCGUAUCUUCUAAAUUCCACUUUGAUUCAUCUUUGGAUGUCAGUAGGGAGUUUGGCAAAUUGACACCAUGGCCUCGUUAUGCUAUGGUUUCUGA